CUGCUGCGGGCGUGGCGACGCCAUGGAGCGUUUUGAUAAAGCGGCGCUGAACGCGCUGCAGCCGUGCGACUUCAGAAAUGAAAGUUCAUUAGCAUCCACUCUGAAGACGCUCCUGUUCUUCACAGCUUUAAUGAUCACUGUACCUAUUGGGUUAUAUUUCACGACUAAAUCUUAUGUUUUUGAAGGCGCCUUUGGGAUGUCCAAUAGGGACAGCUAUUUUUAUGCUGCUAUUGUUGCAGUGGUCGCCGUCCACGUGGUGCUGGCCCUCUUUGUUUAUGUGGCCUGGAAUGAAGGCUCACGGCAGUGGCGUGAAGGCAAACAGGAUUAAAGUGAA